AUGUUUCCCCUAGGCCAGAGCAGUCUGCCAAGCCCAGAGAAUGUGCAGGUCCAUGUGGUGAACACCAAUUUCACGCUGAGCUGGGAUUACAACGGGAGCAAUCCCAACGUGACAUUUUCAGCAGAAUUCCAGUGGCCGGAGCUGGAGGACACGGGCUGGCAGGAGCUGCGGGGGUGCCAGGCCGUGCUGGGCACCGCCUGUGACAUCUCAGCGGCCAUCUCCGAGUACUACGACCUCCACUUGGUGCGCGUGAGGGCUCAGGCGGGGCCGCGGGCAUCGCCGUGGUCCGGGAUCCUGGAGAUGGUGCCGGAACACAUCGGUACGAGCUCUGGGGACACCGUGCUUCCUUCUGCACCUCAGGGCACGCUUCUGCUCCCUGCCCUGCUCACCUGA